GGUGUUUUAACAGCUGCAUAUGAUACUCAACUCGAGUGGCUCAUUGUUAAAGGGAUAGCUGAUUUUGCGGAUGGUGAGCAAGUGAAUGCAGAAAGUUGGAAAGUCUGUGCCAGUGCCAUGGCAGCAUCUCUUGUCUCACACAUACUAAGUGAUCCUGGUGUUUUUCGCACUUGGCCUCAUUACCAAGGUAUCGAAUGUUUGUUAGUUUAGCUAGUUAUAACUUAAUGCAGGGGUAGAAGAGAAUUUGCGUUUAGUUGAAGGUACUUAUUGGUUUGUCCAGUGUUCCAUAUUCAAUGCCAACUGACCUCACAAUGUUAGUCAUGAAACAAGAUCGGCUUCAUUAAACCACGAGUUUAACGUUUUAAGAGCAAACCUCGCUCUUGCCUGCGUGUAGACGUCUCCUAUUUCCUUUGCUGUGUUUGCACGCAGGCAAACCUCGCUCGAGUUGCAAUAGCCCGAGAAAGACGUCUGAGUCAACAAGCCGCUGAUGCCGUUCAGUGACGUCACUACUUCGCUGCGGCAAAGACAGAAAUAUUGUCCGGAAAGGUGUACAUCGUACAGAAUUGUUUUACUGGACGAAAGCCCUAAAUUAUGUUAAACGUUCAAACUGUUGACUCUGUUGACUGCAUGCUGUAUUCUGAAUGAAACUUUUGCUUGUAUUGCGCCAUAAUUGAAUAGUCAGACUCGAUCUCAACCACGCAACAAUGAACAUUGAGACACUUCCUUCAAUUUGCUAUAAAAUAACAGAAGCUAUUUGGUCCUUUAAGAAGAAGAAAGCAAGCAAUCUAGUUAGGAAAGAAAGAAAAACUAACACAAUCAUUACACUUGCCAGUGGAAAUGACAUUAAGUUCGAAAAUUUGCUAGCUUGACACAGGCUGCCUUGUUAUAAAUCUCACAAAAAUCGAUCACUUGUGCAGUCAAUGCUGAAACUGCAAAGCGGCUCUGAAUGUGCCGACUUUCCGCAUUGAUUCUUCAUUCGUAGUUCAAUUUAACAAGUCAGAGUUUCGAAAACAGGGGUAAAGAUAAAGAUUGUCGAAAUUUAGCGGACUUUACGCAAGCAUACGGAUCUGCUGAUUAUCAAGAUUAUCAAAUGACAGUCCUGAUAAAAUUUCGCGUAGUCAUACAUAAUUUUGCGAAUGUUUAGACAAUCAACCACCUGGUUUUCGGGUAGUGACGUCACUGGACAGUAUUAGCGGCUCGUUUAUUCAGAAAUCUUUCUCGGGAGUUUGCGACUCGAGGAGACGGCUGAAAUUCAGGUUAUUUACGAGUUGAAUAAGCUUGAUAGACAAACGUACAUGUUUCUGUACUGAAAUCGAGACCAUACACUUCACCCUAAGCUCAAAUCAAUUGCGUUUUCACUCGCAGCACAAAACACUUAUGAUGUCUUUACUUGAAUCGUUUCAGUUAAUGCUCCCUUUAAGGCUCAGCUCAAAAGCAGCAGGAAGCGGAAGCUAACUGACAACCAUGCAGGUAAUAUAUUAGCAACAAUUUUUUAAAACUCGUCUUUAUAAUGCCUACCCAUUACUUGUUUCGUUGUUUCUGUAUACUUUGCUGCACUUUCAUUUUUAAACAUAGUGAGAUAAUGUUGAUAUAGUGAUAUAUAAUGUUGAUGUUAUACCUGGUCUCAGCGAUCAUGACAUUAUAACGGCCAACCUGCUCCAUCGUGCAUUUGUAAAAAAACCCAAGCGUAGGAAAGUGUUCACCUUCAGGCGUGGUAACUCUGCUAACGUCCUUCAGGGUCUUUCAAGACAAUGUGAGAAGUUUCUUUUAUCUGUUUCUACCAAUUUGCCAUCAGUGGAGUCAAUGUGGUCCACAUUUAAAGAUAUGUUGAUGAGAAAUGCUAGAAAGCACUUCCCACGCAAGCUCACUUUUAAUCAAGCCUUCGAACUGAAACCCCUGGUUUGCCUUCUACCAAAGGAACACUCCAGAGUCUUGGAGAAAUUUUUGAAACUUUAGGCGUAAAACUGAAACAUUGCAGAAAAUCUACUAGAAGUAACUAUGUCUCCUCCAUAUUAUCUGAUAAUAUGAAAGAAAAUCCUAAAAGGUUUUGGAAGUAUGUCAAGUCACAACGUCAAGAUAGUCUAGGUGUACCUACGCUGAAAAUAAAGGAUUACGUACCUUAGCUCAAACGUUGUGAAGGCAAAUACUCUCAAUGAAUUUUUUCAUUCUGUUUUCCCUAAGAAAAACAUGGAAGACCUUCCAGAAAUUGAAUCUGCCCCUGGACCCCUAGGAGCAAUAUUAUAUUAAGAUCUCCCGUUGAAGGCAUUUCUAAGUUGCUUUCCAAGCUCAAUCCCUGAAAAGCCUCUGUUCCUGACCAAAUUCCACUUUAUUUACUUACAAUUUCUAGCGAAGUAUUGUUCCAGUCCUUUGUAAAAAUCUAUCAAUGUUCUCUUGACACUGGUGAAUUACCUUGUGACUGGAAACACGUUCUUGUCCCACCAAUUUUCAAAAAAAGGAUCUCGUUCAGACCCCUCCAACUAUCGACCUAAAAUGCCUGCUUUGUAAGACUCUUGAACAUAUUAUUUAUUCCAACAUAAUGUCUCACUAAGAAGAGCACUCGCUAGUCUCAGAUUUCCGGCACGGUUUUCGCGAAGGGUUCUCUUGCGAAUCACAAUUAAUUCUUACCCUGCAUGAACUUGCCAACAAUUUUAAGCACAAACCGACUUUAUUCUGUUACAUUUCUCUAACGCCUUUGACUUCGUUCCCCAUCAAAGGCUUCUCCUCAAACUUGCCUCUUAUGGCUUACGUGGUUAUACUUUGACCUGGAUUGAAUCUUUCUCAACAAAUUGUACACAAUCUAGAGUAGUUGGCGGGUGCCAGUGUGGGAUAUCUCUUCUGGCGUCCCCAAGGAUCUGUUCUAGUCCCCCUACUCUUCCUUUUCUACAUAAGCGACCUCCCCGACGAUAUCUCUUCGCAAAUUCGCGUUUUUGCUGAUGACUGCAUAAUCUAUUUUGAACUCUCCUCCGCUAAGUCACCUGAACAACACCAGUCAGAUCUAGACUCCCUCUCAGUAUGGGCUGGCAAAUGGCAAGUGCGUUUCAAUUGGAGCAAGUGUUAUCGUAUGCACAUUACCCGUAGCAGAUCUUCAGUCAUCACCACUUACUUCCUGAAUAAUCGCCAGGCUCUUGAAGUGGCGGAUUCACACCCUUACCUCGGUGUUAUUAUCUCAUCUGACUUGCGUCUUAAUAAACACUGUGACUAUGUUGUAAAUAAGAGAACUAAGAUUCUCAAUUUCAUCUCUCGCUACUUUUAUCACUGUACACGUAAGACUAAGGCCGAACUAUAUCUCACCCUUGUACGUCCGACCCUUGAGUAUGCUUGUUGAGCUUGAGAUCCUUAUACAGAGAAACAUUUCUAGCCUGGAAAAAGUUCAGCGGAGAGCUGCCCGCUUUGUCUUUCGUGACUAUUCCCGUGAAUCAAGCGUCUCUUGCAUGUUGAGUACCCUGGAUUGGCCAAUAAUCUCUGAGCGUCGCGAAUGCCAACGACUCAACGUUACGUUUAAGGCGUCCCAGAAUCCUAAUGAUAUAGGCCUCUCCAAGUAUAUAUCCUUUUCUCACUCCCACAUUAGUCGCUCAGGCGACAUGAAAUUUAAUCACCUCCCUGUGGGAACUGAUAUUUUUAAGUUUUCCUUUUUUCAACGUACUAUUCCAAUAUGGAACAGCCUUCCUCAGGAGAUAGUUCAUGCACAAGCCCAGCAUCCUUUAGUGCAGGGGUUAGCCCGUGGCACAUGCUUGUCUGCCUAACUUAAAUAAUUAGUUGAUUUAUUUGACUAUAUUAAUUAGAUCCCACUUCAUAGUCGUUUUUUGCAGCCUACAAAUUUGUUUGUAUAUUGAGACAUUAUGUUGAGACAUUAUGUUUAUGUUGUAAUGCAAUAUAUCUGAUAUGUAUUUUAUUUAGUUAUUUUCUUAUCGAUUGUAUAAUUAACAAUUAUUCCACGAGGGCGCGUUGGAUAUGAGAUGAUAGAUAGCCAACGAGGCGCAUAGCGCCGAGUUGGCUAUAAUCAUUUCAUAUCCAACAAGCCCGAGUGGAAUAAUUGUUUUAUUAAAAACACCCACAAAAUCUCGUUGAAUCGCCCCGACUAGAACAAACCGGAAAAGACUAGGGACUUCCACUUGACAUGUCACACGUCUAUCAAAACUGUCAACGCGCGAACGGGCUCGUCUAGAUUGCAUGAAUGAAAAAUCAAAACAUUGUGCGAUGAACAUUAGUUUUUUAAAAACUCAUCGUGAUUCUAGGAUUUUACACAGCAGAACAGCUUAAAAAACCUGGCAGAUAAUGUGAAGGAAAGGAAUUUUUAAGUGACAGCCGUCGAAAUUACUAUGAAUUUGGAUUUUCGGUGCAGUUAUAAAAGUAAGAACAACGGAGAAAAACUACCGGUGUUACCUCGUCGCUUGUUAUGAAGUUGUUUGAAGCCACAAGCUGGUUUUGCUGAACGAGGAAAGAAGCUAUACUGCCGCCUCGAUUGCUCUAGUGAAUGGCUGCAUAGCCUGUAUUUGUAGCUGGCUACUUGUGAUUAAUAUUCUUGAUGUUGGAUAAACAAGCUGCAGUUAUCUAUCGGCGAGUGACUCGAUCGGCGAAUGGCUUCGCGAUCAUGAAGAAACAACACUUGUCUUCUUUCGUAGCUGGUCAAGGUACUUUAGUUCCAUCUGUCUUUCGACAAACUUUCAAACAAGCUCUUGUGGCUUUUUUGUUUGUUUUUGUCUUUUUUCUUUCGUUGAAAUUGCAUUUCUAGUAUUCUAAGAAAUGAAUUAAAACGAUUUGCUUCGGGCGCCGUUCUAUCCUUCGCGAAAAAAAAUCUCAGCUAGCUUCCAAUUUUAAACUGACGCGUACACCGACCAUAUAUGGAGAACAUGGUAUAUUAGCUCAUAUACCAUAACGGCUAAGCCAAUCAAAAUGCUAGAAUUGCAUUAUCCAAUGAUUCAGUUUUUAAUAAUAUGCAAUAAGCGUUACUGAUUGAUAAAAAAGAAACAGAAACAGAAGGAGAGGAAACAAAAAUCAGGAGUUAAUUAAGUCCUCCUUUAAAAUGUAUAUGUUGUUGUUGUUGUUUUGUGUUGCUCUUUUUUGUACUUUUUGUGCCUCAUAUUCUUUCCAAAAUGCAGUAAAAAAAAAUUACCAGGAGGCAAGUGUGCCACCUGAUAGAGAUGGCUGUGUGACAAUGUAAUAAAACCUAAUCGAUCUAAUUUGUAGUAUUUUGUCUUCGUAGGGUUGCCUACUGAUAUCACAGAAAAGAUUCGUCAGCUUUAUCGAGACCGUGAAGGGAAACUAGCACCAUUCGCUUGGUGUGAUUAUCCUAAUUUUAACCUGAGUGAUAUUUUUACUCGAUUGAAGAUCGUGAAUCGAGAAACAUCACGAGGGACGUUGACCGACGAUGAAAUCACCAACAUGACAGCCAUCUUUAGACCCCACCCGACGUGCCAGAAACCACGUAAAGUUUUGAUUGAAGGGGAUCCCGGCAUGGGAAAAACUACCUACUUACAAAAACUGGCGUAUGACUGGGCAAACAAACAAGGUGAAUGGGACGCGUAUUUUCCAGAGAUUGAAGUGCUGCUCUUGCUUAGAUGCAACGACAUAAAAUCUAGCAUUUGGGCAGCUAUUGAUGAUCAAAUUCUUCCUGAAGAUAUCGACGAAAAGGUCAAGGAGACUUUCUUCAAAUACAUAAAGGAAAAUCAGUCCAAAGUUCUGCUGUUGCUGGAUGGAUUAGAUGAGGCAGACCCCUGUAAACGAGACAUCUACCUCUCACUGCUCACGUGUAAACUUCUCUCAGCUUGUCACAUUGUCAUUACUUCACGUCAUGAUUUUGGAAAGAAAGUAAGGUCAUACUGUGACACACUGUGGGAGAUUGUAGGAUUCACAAAAGAGGAUUCGAACAGCUUUAUCAGAAAUUAUUUUCAGGGCAAGGAUCACUUAGCUGAAAAGUUUAUUAAUGAUCAUGUUGAAUAUUGGUAUGCUGACCCAAUUGAUGAUAUUAACCGCGGCUUCGCCGAUUUGGCGAAAAAUCCACUUAAUUUGACUUUACUCUGUUGUAUUUUCGAAGAUUCCGAAGAAGUUUUUUCUGAAAGCAGCAGAACCCGAUUGUACAUUGAAAUCGUUCUCCUUGUUUUGAGAAGAUAUGAAGAAAAACAUGGGCUUGCAAGUAGCAAUGAAGACUUGAUUUCAGUUUACAGGAAAGAACUUUUGCUUUUGGGCCAGUUCGCCUUAGAUUCCCUCCGUAAGGGAGAGUUGUACUUUGAAAAAAAGAAGGAUGUCGUCAACGCUUUCAAUUUUGGGUUUUUGUCUUUUCAACAAGGCGGCACUACGAGCAAACCUUGCAUGCGCUGUGCAUUUUUACACAAAAGCUUUCAGGAAUUUUUUGCUGGAUUUUAUCUUGCAUUUCAGAUUAUCGACGGACAAACUGACUUUGCCGACGUUUUAACUGAUGGAAGAUAUUUGAAGGAACUGAAAGAGGUUUUUUUGUUCAUGAGUGGAAUCAUAGCUUCAAACAACGAGGAAGCUGGAGAAGCCAUUUUUAUUAGUAUGGCCGAGCAUAUCGGGGGUCUUCUCCGCGCAUCCGACCAAAAAGUGAAAUCGUAUAUGACGUUGGCUUGUGCAUGUUUACUUGAAUACUAUUUAAGCCUUACAGAAACUCAUUUUAAUAAAGAGAACGGGGUAACUUCAAUAGAGAAUACUUUCGGUAUGCACCUUGACAUGUCUUCCUUGACUGAAGUGGAUUUGUCUUCCAUUGAUAUAGAGGAUGCUGGUGCUGCUGCGACUUCCGUGGUCCUCGAAAACAACUCCUCCCUAACUUAUUUGGAUUUGAGUUUCAACAAAAUCAAUGCCGACGGAACUUUUUCUCUUUCCAAGGCCCUCACAGAAAACUCUUCUCUGAUUUCCUUGAAAUUGAGUGUGAACAAUAUUUGUGACACUGGUGCUUCUGCUCUUUCCCAGGCCCUCACAGCAAACUCCACCCUGCAUUCCUUGGAUUUGAGUGCUAAUACAAUUGGCGACGCUGGUGCUUCUUCUCUUUCCACGGCCCUAACAGCAAACUCUUCCCUGACUCAUUUGGAUUUAAGUGCUAACAGUAUUGGCGACGUUGGUGCUUCUUCUCUUUCCACGGCCCUGACGACAAACUCCACGUUGCAGUCCUUGAAUUUGAGUCAAAACAGAAUUGGCGAUGCUGGUGCUUCUUCUCUUUCCCAGGCCCUAACAGCAAUCUCCACCCUGCAUUCCUUAGAUUUGAGCUAUAACAGAAUUGGCGACGCUGGUGCUUCUUCUCUUUCCACGGCCCUAACAGCAAACUCUUCCCUGACUCAUUUGGAUUUAAGUGCUAACAGUAUUGGCGACGUUGGUGCUUCUUCUCUUUCCACGGCCCUGACGACAAACUCCACGUUGCAGUCCUUGAAUUUGAGUCAAAACAGAAUUGGCGAUGCUGGUGCUUCUUCUCUUUCCCAGGCCCUAACAGCAAUCUCCACCCUGCAUUCCUUAGAUUUGAGCUAUAACAGAAUUGGAGACGCUGGUGCUUCUUCUCUCUCCUCGGCCCUAACACAGAACUUCACCCUUCGUUCCUUGGAUUUGAGUAUUAACAGCAUUGGUGACGUUGGUGCUUAUUUCCUUUCCGACAUUCUCAAAUUUAACUCUACCCUGACUAGAUUGAAUUUGCGUGGUAACAGCAUCGGUGAAGUUGGUGCUUUUUUCCUUUCCAAGACCCUCACAGCAAACUCCUCCCUGACUGCUUUGGAUUUGAGCGAUAAUAGAAUUGGUGACGUUGGUGCUUCUUGUCUUUCCCAGGCCCUCUCAGCAAACUCCUUCCUGGACACAUUAGAUUUGACUGAUAACGAUAUGGGUGUCGCUGGUGCAGCUUCUUUUAAUGAGGCCUCUAAGAUAAACAAAAAAUUGGAUGUACGAUUUUAA